GACACGUUACACUCCUAAUAUGGUGUUUCUACGAUGGAACGCUUUAUUAUCAUCUUUUUUAUGCUAAUGUCAUUCUAAUACCCAGCUGUAUGCAGUAGUAGUAGUAAGGCAUGCGCAGUGUGUAAAAAGACAACGGCGAAGAUUCAAAGUUUUUGUUCGGGUUCUCAUUGAUCAUCAUGUUUGGUUUUCACAAGUCUAAGAUAUAUCGCAGCCAUGAAGGAUGUUGCAUUUGCAAGACCAAGUCCUCCAGUUCACGCUUUACUGACAGCAGCAGAUAUGAAGAAACCUUCAGGCUAUGUUUUGGGUUGUCAGAGGAUCGUGUGGGAGACAUCUGCAAUGCCUGUGUGCUGUUAGUAAAAAGAUGGAAAAAACUGCCAAAAGGCUCUAAGAAGAACUGGAACCAUGUUGUGGAUGCAAGAGCUGGGCCUGGCUUCAAGCUAACCAAACCCAAGAAGAUGAAGAACAGUGAUGGGAAGAAGAAAAGCAAACUGAAGAGGCUUCACAAAUUCAAAAGACAAAACUCGGAUGCCCACAGCACGACUUCCAGCAUGUCUCCAUCCCAGUCCCCCAGCUACGAGUCAGAUGACGGCUCAGACAUUGAGUCCAAACAGAGGCGCCCCACUCCUUCUGUCUUUUCCUUCCUGGACCGUUCUUACUGGAAAAGACAAAAGGUGUGCUGUGGGAUUGUGUACAAGGGGCGUUUUGGUGAGGUGAUGAUUGACCCGCGUCUCUUCAAGCCCUGCUGCAGCUCCAAGAAGCAGGAGACGUUGAUUCCCAUGCAGGACACGCACCUUCCCCUUCCCGCCAUUCACCCCCCGCCUCUCCCGCUACCAGAAGCCCUGAAAAAGGACUGGUGAUGGCUCUUGAGUACCCUCUUGGGGUAACCAUGGCACCCUACAAGUUGUCUCCAGUGGCAGACUACCCCCCCCCCCCCCAAACCAUUCCCUAUUAGUUCACUGUGCAUUUAGAUGGCUAAAUGAUUUUCCUAUUUUUGCUUUGAUAUGUGUAUUUGUAAUUUUUUUUAACAUGUAAUUCAUUUUGUCUUUUUUUUUUUUAAGAACUAAAAUGAACCCAAAAAAAUGAUUUUAUAAAUGCAUUAGUUGUACUAUUUAUAGGAUGAGGUAGAAUUCUAUUUGGCCUUGAAGGGCACACUAUUCAGGUCUGAUUAAUUUGGUUUGCAACAUUUAAAGUGUCUUUUCUGUGUUACGGUUACCAGCAUUUGUAUAUAUUAUGUUAUUUUUGCCAGCAUCCAGACUUGUUGUUUAUUUUUUACAGCUGUCUAAUUGGCAAUGAAGUAUUCUUGUGCUGAUCUGCAAGACUCCACCAGCUAGAUUUCUAAAACCAGCUUAUUUGCAUUGAUGGAAUGGAUAUUUUAAGUCUAAUACUUGUUUUCCCCUGACACUCAAGCAGAUUUAAUUCGAUUUAUAGCAUCUUAAUAUAUAAAGGGUUAUGGGCUAAGAGUAUUUAGGGGUCUUCAGUGAAUUUAUACAUGCAUGUGUUGUCACACUUUCCCACACAUGCAUGGUUUGGUAAGCACUGAGUAGUAUUGUAUGUUGUCAGAUGUGUUAACACUCCGUACCAUGAGCGUAUCUAUUGCUUUUCCAGCAAUUUCUUGCAAGUGAAUCACGAUAGAUUGAGUUCGACCAAGCAUGCAGAACUCAUCUUUGUCUUGGAAUGAAAACCAGCAAUUAUUUAUUUGUAGUCUUCCAUGAGCUGAAAAUGCACAUUUUUAUAACCAUAUGUUGAAGUGUUCUUGUAUAUACACUUGUGAGUGUUUUGGCUAUGAGAACUAUUUUUUAAAUUACAAUGCAUCUUUUUAAACCACUAAAUGUGUACAGAUGUGGAAAUAUUUAGAUUGAGGCAUUAUUUUAUGGCAUCACUUGUAACUUAUUCAUUGGUCAAUAAGUGGCUAGCCUAAUCCCCAAGUUUGUCACAACACUUCAGGGGGUUGUGUUUGGUAAGGCACAAUGCAGCAAAGCUUUAGCAACCAAUUUUGAAAAUGAGCAGUGUGGUUUUGGUCAACUUCCGGCAGUAACAGUUUGUGCCUGCUGAAUACCACCCAUUUCUUUGUCCUAUGAGUUGAAGGCUAAAGCAAUACUUACACUAUUAAUGUUCUGUGUUUGUUGGCAUCUUGUUAUUCUGUUAUUGAACGUGUAUUUUACAGAAGCAAAUCAAAGCUGAGACUAUGCAGACAUUUUGAAUGUGAGAAAUUACCAAAAUGUUAAAGGAGCAACAUUUGUAAGUCCAUCUCUGCCUCGUAGCAAAAUUGUUUUUUUCUGCGUUUCAUUGUUUUACAUCAAUAUUUCAUAAUUAUAAUGCGGCUUUGCCUCAAGCGACAACAUACGUUUCUGGUUCGUUUUCUAUACAUUUCUGGUCAGUGGUCGAGUCAAACCAAUCAGGUGUGUACCUCUUAAAUAAUGCACAGUUUUGCAGUAAGUGGCGUGAAUUAUUAUCAGUUUGUUGUCAGGCAUGCAGACCGGUAGCCUGAGUGACAGUCUGUCUGUUCUGUCAUGCCAACUUCUUGUUACUCAUUGUCAUGCCAAACAUUAUAUAGCUUGACACGAUCAGUGGAGUUUGCAAGAGCACAAACUGAUCUGGCACCUGGCUAGUAGACAGUGUAUCCUGUUGUGCAAAGUUAUUUAUUUGCUAUAACUGAACUAAAUCAGAAUGGUUUGUGUCAAUAUACUGUAUAACCUUGGUUUUCAAAACAGUUACUUUUGUGUAGCAGGUUAGUUGAGUGUUUUAAAUCUUUCUGUGAUUCUUAAAUAGUGUCAUUAAAAGGAGAGCUGAUGCUUCCUUUUAUCAAGAUGGAAAUUCUAAACUGUUUUUGUAUAUAGGGAAAUGACUAUUUUAUUGGUGUUUGCAUGGCACAUUUGAUCAUAUGUGUGCCUUAUAAGAAUGAACAUGCCUUUUACAUCAUGAAAUUCCAUCUGUAAUGUCAUUUAAUAUUUAUUUAUUUCAAAUCCAUUUGUAAAACUGAUGCUGUAAAUUGAACCGUUAGGACCUUCAAGUCAUUUUCAUUUUGUGCACUUCUUUCGGUUUUGUUUUGUUUUUGUCUAUAUUGUUAUUCUGUAUCUCCACAACUGCAUUAGUUCUGUCUUGUAAUAAAACAUAAAAUAUCA